GCGGACGCCAUUUUGCGUCGGACGUGUCGUGUUUUUGUGUCAAUUCGUUAUGUUAAAUGUCCGACGACCGGACAAUUAAACGAUAGUCAUUUGUUUGAUAUUAUUUUGUACAUUCUCUUAUAAUACAUAAUUAUCGCAUACGUCUUUGACACCGUUUGUUUACUUUUGUAGUUUUAUUUUUACUAAUUCGAUUUUAUAUUUUUUUAUAAUUUAUAUAAUUUAGUAUAAAGAAUACGGCGACAAGAUGAGGGGCAAAUCUGACUUGGAAGAAGACGAGCAAGGAAAAUUAUUUGUGGGUGGUCUCAGCUGGGAAACUCAACAAGAAAGCCUUCAAAGAUACUUCAAUCGUUAUGGUGAAGUAAUAGAUUGUGUUGUAAUGAAAAAUAGUGAAAGUGGUCGGUCAAGGGGUUUUGGAUUUGUUACGUUUGCUGAUCCAAACAAUGUAAAUGUAGUAUUACAAAAUGGUCCACAUGUUUUAGAUGGUCGUACGAUUGAUCCAAAGCCAUGUAACCCUAGAACUUUACAAAAGCCAAAAAGGAGCUCAAGCUACCCUAAAGUAUUUUUAGGUGGACUGCCUUCUAAUGUCACUGAAACAGAUUUGAGGACAUUUUUUUCACGUUAUGGAAAAGUUAUGGAAGUAGUUAUAAUGUAUGAUCAAGAGAAAAAGAAAUCAAGGGGAUUUGGAUUUUUAUCGUUUGAAGAUGAUGAUGCAGUUGAUAGAUGUGUAGCUGAGCAUUUUGUCAACCUUAGUGGCAAACAGGUUGAAAUUAAAAAAGCUGAACCAAGAGACUCAAAUAAAAUGAACGAUGUCGGUGCCAACCAAUGGGGCAUGAAUCAAAACAAUCACUUAGCUAUGGGGGGAAUGGGAAUGGGUGGUCCAGGAGGACAAAUGGGUGGCCCCAUGGGUGGAAUGGGACCCAUGGGACCUGGUAGUAUGAUGCAAGGGUAUCAAGGAGGAUGGAAUUCUACACCGCAAUCACAAUACCCUGGAUAUGGUACUCCAUCUGGACCUGGCGGAUUUCAAGGUUGGGGAGCACCCCCUGGACCCCAAGGCCAAGGGAUGGCACCUCCAACAUGGGGAUCAAACUACCCGCCUCAACAGCCUGGAUAUGGAUCUUAUGCACCUCAAGCACCCCCACAAUCGAGUUAUGGUAAUAAUUGGAAUUGGAAUAUGCCUCAAAAUGGACCCGCAGCAGCUACUGGACCACCCGGACAAACUGGUCCUGGCCCACAAAAUGAUAUGUAUUCUCGUUCUGCAGGAGCAGCCCCAGCUACUGGCCCUACGCCACCUGGAACAGCACCACAAAAAGCGGGUGAUUACACUGGUUAUGGAAGUUACACUGGCUAUCAACAGGAUUCGACCAGCUAUGGUGCAGGCCAAACUUAUAGAGGGGCGGACGGCACAGCCGCUGGUCUCGGGUCUGGCGGUGGGUAUGUGGCCCCAGUAGUGACGCCAAACGUUCCUGCCGGUGUACCGGCGGCGACGUACAAUAACGCCCCAGGACCGACGAGAGCGAAUAAUUUUAACUCAAACCAAGCACAACCGUAUCAUCCUUACAGACGCAACUGAACGUAUUCUUAAUUGACUGGAUCCAUUAUAGGCGUGCUUUAUUCCGUCUAUGCUCCUCAAACUAUUUCUAAUCAUUCUUAUAUAAAAACACUACUAUUAUAAGUAUAAAAAAAAAAAAUAGAAAAAUUACACAUUGUGAUUGUGUUAUAUUUGUAAGAAAAAAAACCUAAUUACAUUAAAUCGACAUUUAAGUAUUUCAAAUCAUGUUGAUUAUUAAGUAAUACUAUUACAAUUUAGUAGACUAUACUGUGUAUACCUUUUGUCAUUUUGAUUUUUGGAAUGAAUUUUCAUGAUACUAUUGCCUUCACUGAGAAAGGCAUCUAAUGUAUAUAAUUGAUUUUUUUUUAUUAUUUGUUAAAGAUAAAUAUAUAAAUGAAUAUAUACAAUUAUA